AAAAAUUAUUAGUAGGUAUACAGUGGAAUCAACGUUUAGUUAAUUCAUAGUGCUAUCGUUCGUUUUAAAACCGAAAAGAAAAUCAAUUAUACUUGUGUUUCUCGUAUAGUUACUUCGGGUGUGCAAUUUGUUAACAUUACGUUUCGAGUGUCGGCGAUUUGAUUACAGCUUUUGCCUGCCUUUUCAUUCAUCAGCUCAUCUCUUGAACGAUCUGCCAAAAACAUAGAAUUGUUGCAACAAAAUAACCAAAACGACGCAAAAUGGGUCGCAAAGUGACGGUCGCCGUUGCCACGCUGAAUCAAUGGGCACUGGACUUCGAGGGCAAUAUGUCGAGAAUAAUGGAGUCGAUCGUGGAGGCACGGGAGCUAGGCGCGACCUAUCGAACUGGGCCGGAGCUGGAAAUAUGCGGCUACAGCUGCGAGGACCAUUUCCACGAAUCGGACACCUAUCUGCACUCGUGGGAAGUCCUGCUGGAGAUCAUGAUGUCCCCGCACUGUCAGAACAUGCUGAUCGACGUCGGUAUGCCGGUGCAGCACCGUAACGUUGCUUACAAUUGCCGGGUUGUGUUCCACAACAAGCGCAUCCUGCUGGUGCGACCGAAGAUGGCGAUGAGUGACGACGGUAACUACCGGGAAACGCGCUGGUUCACGUCCUGGUUCAAGGAACGUCAAACGGAGGAGUACUAUCUGCCAAGGAUGAUUUCAGACGCCAUCGGUCAACGCACGGUGCCGAUCGGUGACGCGGUGAUUGCAACUCGGGACACCUGCUUGGGGUAUGAAAUUUGUGAAGAGCUGUGGAACCCUCGAAGCACUCACAUCGAUAUGUCCCUAUCGGGGGUGGAGAUUAUGGUUAACAGUUCGGGCAGCUACAUGGAACUGCGUAAAGCCUACAUCACGACUGACCUUAUACGGAAUGCCAGCUACAAAGCUGGUGGAGCGUAUUUGUACAGUAAUCUGCGUGGUUGCGAUGGCCAGCGGGUGUACUUCAACGGGUGCUCGGCGGUGGCUUUGAAUGGGCAAAUCAUUGCCAGAGGAAAGCAGUUCGCUUUGGAAGAGGUCGAAGUGACUACGGCUACUAUCGAUUUGGAGGAUAUUCGAUCGUAUCGUGUGACCUUACGGUCGCGUUGUUCAGUGGCGGCGGCCACUCCAACCUAUCCGCGAGUCGACGUAGACUUCGAGCUGUCGCAACCAAGUGGUCUAAAUAUACCGCAAAGUGCCCCCACCGAGUGGAUCAAACACAGCCCAGAGGAGGAGAUUGCUCUUGGGCCAGCCUGUUGGUUGUGGGAUUAUCUCAGACGUUCCGGGCAAGGAGGAUUCUUCCUACCUCUCAGCGGUGGUGUUGAUUCAAGCAGCACAGCCAUCAUCGUACACUCCAUGUGCCGCCUGGUGGUGAAAUCGGUUAUGCUCGGUGAUGUUCAGGUGCUGCAUGAUAUUAGGAAAAUUUUGGCAGAUCCCGAAUUCAUUCCGGAUAAUCCGGUCACACUGUGUAAUCGUUUGUUGGUUACCUGCUACAUGGGAAGUGAAAACUCCAGCAAGGAAACUCGCCAGAGGGCUACUACUUUGGCUAGCCAGAUCGGGAGCUACCAUCUGGAGAUCAACAUCGACGGGGCCGUAAGUGCCUUGUUGGCAAUUUUCAACGUCGUCACCGGAAUGAAACCGCAGUUCAAAUCGCAAGGAGGCUGCCCCAGACAAAACCUUGCUCUGCAAAAUAUUCAAGCUCGAACGAGAAUGGUUCUUUCCUAUCUAUUUGCGCAGCUUAUGCUGUGGGUUCGCAACCGGCCCGGUGGGCUGCUGGUGCUCGGUUCCGCCAACGUGGACGAAGCUCUGCGAGGCUACAUGACCAAGUACGACUGUUCGUCCGCCGAUGUCAAUCCAAUCGGAGGAAUUUCCAAAGCUGAUUUGAAACGUUUCCUACUGUUUGCCAAGGAUAAGUUCAACCUUCCGAUUGUAGCGGAGAUAGUAACGGCACCACCUACUGCUGAGCUGGAACCGUUGCACGAUGGUGCCCUUGCCCAAACGGACGAGGAGGAUAUGGGCAUGACGUACGCCGAGUUGAGUGAAUUCGGUCGUCUACGAAAGCAGGCCUAUUGUGGACCGUACAGCAUGUUCUGCAAGCUGCUCUCGAUGUGGAAGGACAGCUGCUCGAGCCCGCAGGUGGUGGCCGAUAAAGUCAAACACUUCUUCCGAUGUUACGCCAUCAAUCGGCACAAGAUGACGGUGUUAACACCGGCGUAUCACGCCGAAUCGUACAGCCCGGACGAUAAUCGUUUCGACCAUAGGCCUUUCCUGUACCGAGCCAACUGGAGCUGGCAGUUUAAGUGCAUCGAUGAGGAGUUGGAGCGUUGUAACAGUUCCGCGACAGUUGUUUCGUCGUCUGGAGACGAUAAAAACAAAAGGUACGAUCUGGGAGGUUCUCGGACCGGGCCGCAAUCAAGCGGCUCGCCGAAAUCCGCUGGAGGUGGCAUUGAGAAAGGUUCCUCGCCGCUGUUUUUCUCCGAAGGCGCCUUAGGAGGAAUGAGCAGCGGUGGCAGCGCUCACCAGCUGACCAACCACUCGCUUGGGUACGGCCAAACCGACCUUAAAUUAACCAAGUCGCACAGCAGUGGUGGCUAUUCGAAGAUGCAUUCCAGCGUCAUGGGAAAAAUUAAGGACAGAACCGGAGUGCCCGUCUAGGGGGAAAUGAAUCGUCGCACGGAUUGUUUCCCUGUAGCACAAUUUGAAUUUGUACGGCGGCAUUCGUUGCCGACAUAAAAAAACUACUUUUUUUGAAUUACCAAAGUAAAUCUUACACUCAUCGCCUAGUUGCUAGCAUACGGCCAGCAGUCAAAACACUAUAGAAUCGAGUACCUUGCACAAACGAAGCCAGUUUACAAUUUUUAGCAUUACACACACAGAACACAAUUAUUCUAACGGUAUGGAUUUUAACUGGAAUAGUGCAGUAGAUUUUAUAUUAGGAUUCUAGGAAAUCAGUUGUUUUGAAUGCUUCACAAACUUUACUAUUUUUAACUCUAAUAUAUAGUAUAAAAAUUGUGCUUUGUAAAAUGUUCGUAACCAACUAAUAGCUGCUUGAAAUUCAUACCCAAAAUUGUCCAGCAAAAGACAAAAAACGAAUAAGUGAUUUCUUAUCCUGUUACGGUACACAUAUAUUAACUCUUUAGCAACAAUUAACACAAAUACUACAAGUGCUAGUAGCCGAUAGAAUGCCGAACAAAUAAUAGCUCACGCCUCUAAAUGCCUGCGAAUUAACUAGGAUAUAGUUAUGAUACGAAACGACUCUUGUUGAUAGCGCGUUAACGUAGCUAGUUGCAGUAAGUUUUACGAACUCGAUACGAUUUAUCAGUCAGUACAGUAAUGGUUUUUAACUUAGCGAAGUUGUAGUCAACGAUCAACGGAUAACAGAGCAGACCUCAAUCGGAUCGAUCGAUACAUCAUCAUAAUAUAUACACGUUCACCGGCGGGGACACCGUAUUCUCCUCCAUUAUGGUAGUAGAUUGCUAAGCAAUUACAACACACACAUACACACACACACGACACUGACUUCUCAUAGGGAGCAACUUUUAAGUAGGAACAUUUUUAUUACUAUUAGCGUGCCCCACACAGCAAGUGGUGGUAAUUACAAUAAAGGGGAAAAAA